AUGUUCAUUCAGAGUCAGAAGUACUUUGAAGAUGAAGCUGAAGAGGAGUUGCUGAAGAGACUGAUUUAUUAGAUAGAGAUUAUUCAUGAGAAGCAAAUCAGCGAACCAAAGAUAUGUAUUGAGGAAGCUAAGGGACUUGCAGUGGACUACAUUAACAUGCUGGUUGAUAAGAAGAAGCAGAAUGCAUUGAAGUUUGCUUAGCACCAGGCUCAGUCCCAGAAACCUACUGAGGAGGAUUUAGAGCACAAUAGCUUUAUUAAGACUAAGAAGUAGAUGGGUAAAUAUGACAGACUGGUGAAGGAGCUGUUUAAGAUGAUUAAGAAGAAGGUGUUUAGGAUUUAGAAUUUAGCAACCGAUAUGCAAAAGGAUGCAAUGAGGCAACCUCGAGUGUUCUCCAACUUUGUGUUCAUUAAGAACAGGAACAACCUAGAGAUUAUUUAGGACAAUGUGGCUCAUGAAAAAAUCAAAAUGAUUCAUGAGUUCUAAGGACUCUGCCAAAGACGCAUAAGGAAAGCUCAACCCAAACAUGAAGAUACAACAAAUUUAAUCAAAGAUGAAAAGACAAAAUUAGUAAAACUAAACAGUGAUUCAACCGUAUAUGAUUAAUGA